AUGCCGGGGUGCGUUGGGUGUAAGGGAGACGAAGAAAGAGGCGGCCGGAACGAGGGCAGCCUGUGGAUCCAGGAGAGCCUGGCAGGCGGCGCGUCACCGCGGGCUAUCUUUGUUCAGCUGCAGAUCUGGGACACGGCUGGCCAGGAGAGGUUCCGAACCAUCACCCAGAGUUACUACCGCAGCGCCAACGGAGCCAUCCUGGCCUACGACAUCAGCAAGAGGGGCUCUUUCCUGGCCAUUCCUCGCUGGAUCGAGGACGUCAGGAAGUACGCCGGUUCCAACAUCGUACAGUUACUGAUUGGAAAUAAGUCUGACCUAAGUGACCUUCGAGAGGUUCAGCUGGAAGAAGCUCAGACUCUGGCUGAACACUAUGAUAAUAUCAUCUGUGCCAUAGAGACCUCUGCGAAAGACUCCAGCAAUGUGGAGGAGGCUUUUGUGAAGAUGGCUACAGAGCUCAUGAUGAGGCAUGGAGGCCCCAUGUUCAGUGAGAAGAAUACUGACAGCAUCAAACUUGACAGCAAAGAUGUCAUAGAAGGCUGGGGGUGUGGUUGCUGAUAUGAGCUAGGUGAUGUCC